AGCUUGGAUGCGGCGGCGCCCGCCGAGCUGGGGCGGACGCGGGGCGGCCCGGGCCGGGGACACGCGCCGGUAGGCCCCGGCGCUGCGGCGUCCGCAGGAUGGCCGAGGCUAUCGGCUGCACCCUGAACUGUAGCUGCCAGGGUUUCACACCCGGGAAGAUCCACCACCGCCGGUGUGAGCAGUGCAGACACGGAUGGGUGGCCCACGCUCUGAGCAAGCUGAGGGUGCCCCCCGUGUACCCCACGAGCCAGGUGGAGAUUGUCCAGUCCAAUGUGGUGUUCGAUAUCAGCAGCCUCAUGCUCUACGGGACCCAGGCCAUCCCUGUGCGCCUGAAAAUCCUACUAGACCGGCUCUUCAGUGUGCUGAAGCAGGACGAGGUGCUCCAGAUACUGCACGCCUUGGACUGGACCCUCCAGGACUACAUCCGGGGAUACGUGCUGCAGGACGCGUCGGGAAAGGUGCUGGAUCGCUGGAACAUCAUGACCGGCGAGGAAGAGCUGGCCGCCCUGCAGCAGUUCCUUCGCUUUGGGGAGACCAAGGCCAUCGUGGAGCUCAUGGCCAUCCAGGAGAAGGAGGAGCAGUCCAUUGUCAUGCCGCCGGCCGCGGCGAACGUGGACAUCAGGGCGUUCAUCGAGAGCUGCAGCCACAGGAGCACCGGCCUCCCCGCCCCCGCGGACAGGGGGACCCCCAGCAGCCUGCACCCCUUUGAGAACCUCGUAAACAACAUGACCUUCAUGCUGCCCUUCCAGUUCUUCAACCCUGUGCCCCCCACACUGAUAGGGUCGCUGCCCGAGCAGUACGUGCUGGAGCCAGGUCAGGACCAGAGUCAGGAGCCCAAGCAGGAGACGCACGGACCCUUCCCCGGCGGUGGCGGCGGUGGCUUCUUGACCUCCGCUCCCACGUCAUUUCAGGUCGAGAAAGAGCCGUGUCUCAACUGCCCGGACACCGUUCCCAAAAAGGAAGAUGGCGCCCAUUUAAGCGACUUGGGUUCCUACCACCUUGUCCCGAAGCUUGAAAGGACCCAGUUGUCCCCCGAGGCCAAAGGGAAGCCCGAGAGGCACAGCCUGGGCUCGAAGAAGGGCCGCGUGUUCUGCACGGCGUGCGAGAAGACCUUCUAUGACAAAGGCACGCUCAAGAUCCACUACAACGCCGUCCACCUGAAGAUCAAGCACAAGUGCACCAUCGAGGGCUGCAACAUGGUCUUCAGCUCCCUGCGGAGCCGGAACCGCCACAGCGCGAACCCCAACCCCCGACUGCACAUGCCCAUGAACAGGAACAACAGGGACCGGGACCUGAGGACCAGCCUGCACCUGGCCGCCUCUGACAGCUACGAGCACCCGGGCUUCCCCGCAACGUCCCCGGACUGCAGGCCCCCGCCCGGCUACGCGGUGUCCGGGGAGGACCCCAGGGGCCAGCCGGCCUUCCCGAGCCUGGGGCCGGACGGGGUGCUCUUCCCCAACCUGAAGACGGUCCAGCCGGUCCUGCCUUUCUACCGCAGCCCGGCCACCCCGGCCGAGCUGGCCAACACCCCCGGCGUGCUGCCCUCCCUCCCGCUCCUGUCCUCUUCCAUCCCGGAGCCGCUGGCGCCGCACGAAGGCCCACUGGAAGCCCUUCCCAAGAAGAAAUCCCGCAAGUCCAGCAUGCCCAUCAAAAUAGAGAAGGAGGCCGUGGGGGCAGCUAACGACAAGCGGCUCGCUCUCAGCUCCGAUGAAGAUGUGCCCCUGCGGGUGGCCAGCGAGGAGGAGCUCGAGGCCGGCAGCCCCCAGGCGUCGGACAGAGCACCUGAGGAGCCGUGCGCACUGUCUGGGGGCUUAGGGGGGCCUCUCCCGGGAGGAGAGAGGGUCUGCCCUGGGGACUCGGGGCUGGAGUCCGGCGGGGCUAUCCGCAGGAGCCCUGAGUGGGCCACACGGCCGCCAGAGAGGGAGGCAGAACAGAAGCCAGCCCUGCCCGCCGUGCGAAGGGAGCCGCAGGACAGUGGCCGUGAACCUCACCUCGCAGCCGGGACUGAGCCCUGCGUCCCCUUCCCUGACUACAUCAGACUGCAGCAGCGCCUGCUGGCCGGCGGGCUCCUCGGCGCCCUGUCUGGCCGAGGAGUGGCUUUUCCUUGUUUCGAAGACACCAAGGAGCCAGAACCCGUGGGUCCGCGUGCGUCCGGGCGGCAGAAGGAAGAAGCUCGCUUCCAGUGUGACGUCUGCAAGAAGGCCUUCAAAAAUGCGUGCGGCGUGAAAAUGCACCACAAGAACAUGCAUGCCCGAGGGACGCACGUGUGCACCGUGGAGGGCUGUAAAGCCACGUUCCCCUCGCGCAGGAGCAGAGACAGACACAGUUCAAACCUAAACCUCCACCAAAAAGUGUUGACCCAGGACGCACUGGGGGGCCCUGACGACCAUUUCCGUGCAGCUUACCUUCUGAAAGACGUGGCGAAGGAGACCUUCCAGGACGUGGCUUUCGCGCAGCAAGCCUCCCAGACAUCUGUCAUCUUCAAGGGAGCGAGUCGGAUGGGCAGCCUGGUUUACCCGAUCGCCCAGGUCCCCAGCGCCGGCCUGGAGAGUUACAGCUCCGGUCCGCCGAGCGACGGUACCGUCUUGGAUUUGAGCACUACCUCGAGCAUGAAGUCGGAGAGCAGCAGCCAUUCCUCUUGGGACUCAGACGGGGCCAGCGAGGAGGGCACUGUGCUCAUGGAGGACAGCGAUGGGACCUGUGAUGGGCCGAGCCUUGUCCCCGGGGAUGACGAGUACCCCAUCUGUGUCCUGAUGGAGAAGGCUGACCAGAGCCUCGCCAGCCUGCCUUCUGGGCUGCCCAUCACGUGUCACCUCUGCCAAAAGACAUACAGUAAUAAAGGGACCUUCAGGGCUCACUACAAGACCGUGCACCUCCGUCAGCUCCACAAAUGCAAGGUUCCGGGCUGCAACACCAUGUUCUCCUCUGUCCGCAGCCGCAACAGGCACAGCCAGAACCCCAACCUGCAUAAGAGCCUGGCCUCGUCCCCGAGUCACCUCCAGUAACAGGAUGGUGGCCGAGAGGGCGAGGGGAGCUGUUGGCCCUCAUUCAGGAACAAGGUGGUCCAGAGAAAGGUCUCUCAUUUCGUUGAAUACCAUUUGAGGCGAGCCGGGCAGAAGGCCUUAGAGCUGACUUUCUCGUCUUGGAGGAAGUCAGCUCUGGGGGGCAGCCCUUCCUGUUAUUUUUCGUAGCCCCAGGGGCUUGUCCCUGACAUAACAAACACUGGCAGAAACACGGCUUUUCCCCACAUUUGUUUACACGUUCCCGGGGAGAGUGGCAGGUCUGUGAACCGACAGGG